UGAGCGCAUUCGGCAUACAUACCCGUGUAAAAUCGUUUUGCUUACCCUAUGUAACCCGAGUAACUCGGGUAACGGAUUUAGUCCGAACGCUUAUGGAGUAAUUCAAGAUGGCUGACAAAACACGAAGAAAGAAAGGUUUAAUAACGUUAGCAAUUAAAAAACUCAUGGACGCUAACCGCACCAGAUCAUUGUUCAUUCUCAUGACUCAAAAUGACUUUGUAACUACAAGACUUUUACGGCGCGACAGUGUACCUCGCAUAAGAUUGUAUGCAGAAUCGAUAGUGCCAAGAUACAGUUUGAGCGACUUCAAAAGUCACUUUCGCCUAGAAAGAAGCUCAUUUGAAAUCAUAUGUGGUGUCAUUGGCAGUCAUUUGAAACGACGCAAAGGAAACAUACCACUGGCUUUGGAGAAACAACUGUUGAUUUUCCUAUGGUUUAUGGGAACACACGACAGUUUUCGGUCACUGGCAGACAGAUUUGGGAUAUCAACAUCUACCGCACACAUUUGUUGUUGGAAAAUUGCACGUAUAAUAAGUAUGCAUCUAGUGAGACUAUUUAUAAAGUGGCCAAGGAAUGAAGCACUUGACUCUGUAACUCAGGGAUUUUCGGAAAAGAGCAAGCUUCCAGGCAUUGUUGGCGCGAUAGAUGCGUCUCAUGUACGCAUAACGGCUCCUCAGAUACAUCAAGAAUCCUAUUACAACAGGAAAAAAUUUCACUCAGUUAUUCUCCAGGCUGUUAGUGAUCAUCGUCUUUUGUUUCUUGAUAUAUUUGUUGGCUGGCCUGGCAGCAGUCACGAUGCACGAGUUUUCAAAAACUCACCACUCUUUUUAGAUAGUGCUGAAAAGGUUAUACCCAAGAACAAGUAUAUACUUGGAGAUGCUGCAUAUCCACUACUACCUUGGCUGAUGACACCAUUCAAAGAUUACGGAACUCUGUCAAGGGAAAAGCAAAAUUAUAACAAGCAGCACAGCAGAGGAAGACAGGUUGUAGAACGUGCUUUCGGCCAACUGAAGGGGAGGUUUAGACGAUUAACAUUCUUUUAUGUACACAAAAUUGAGUUUUUAACUUACUGUAUAGUAGCUGCGUGUGUUCUCCAUAAUAUCUGUCUUAUAAAUGACGAUGAAAUCACUGAUUUUUGUGCAGAACCUGAUAUUAAUGUGUAUGAUGAACUAAAUGAAGACAGAGAGAGUGGAAUCCAAUUUAGAGAUGAACUUGUACGACAUCUGUCUCAGUGAAAGUUUAACAUUGUACUUUAUUUGUACUGUUGCAUGUUGGAAAUGAUUUUAUUAUCAGAUGCAUUGCUUUGAGCUUAUGUCAUAAUCAGUUCAGAUUGAGAUGUAAAUUAAGGUACCAGUUGGUUUUACCUUACAUUUCACUAUAUGUCCUAAUUUACAGCAAUACACCUGGUUACAGUUAUGUUGUAUUUGCAUGUAUGUUCAUGUGUCAUAUUCUAACGUUAUCGUCACAUAUAAAGCAUAGUAUUUACUGAUGUUCUUAAUUUAUGUUUGAUAGAUUUCCUUCUUGAAUACAUCUUUUCCAGGAAACAUAGUAAUAUUAUACUCAAAUUUCAUAUGUAAGAAUUACGUUUUAAUACAUAGUCUUUAUAUACGCCUAAUGUAAGUUUUCAACAGAUAAGUUAACAUUCCAGUGGUCGGAUAACUAACCAGCAUUCCUGGAGUUC